AUGGCCGACCAAAGCCUCAAAGCACACUGGCGAUGCCUCCUCGCUUGCUUCCUGCUCUGCCUCUCGCCACUGCAAUAUGGACUUGACUUUGGUCUCAUCGGUGGUUUCCAAGCAAUGCCAUGCUUCUUGGAAGUCUACGGCUAUCGUGAUCCAAAUCCUAUGAACCCACUGGGAUGGAACUUGACCACUGUGGUUCAGCAGCUGAUCUCAUCACUCAUGACGAUCGGAGCAUUUGCUGGAUCUCUCGGCGCCGGACCCAUGAGUGUGUACCUGGGACGAAAGCCUUGUGUCUGGAUUGCAUGUGUUCUGUGCUGCGCGUCCAAUGCAAUCAUGCAGGGCACUACCUCAAUCGGUGCACUGUAUGUAGGAAGGACUCUCAUCGGUAUCUCUAACGGCUUCUUCAUGACAUUCGGCCAGCUCUACAUCCAAGAGGUCAUCCCCGCUCGCUAUCGAGGCGCCAGCAUUGCUUCCUUCAACGUCUUCACCAGUCUUGGAGCUCUCGUUGGUACCGUUGUCGACAACUUCACGGCCAAGAUGCAGGACAAGCAGUGCUACCGCGUGCCGCUAUCAGUCAUCUAUGCUGUCCCUGCGAUCAUCUUCGUCUGCCUCUUCUUCAUCCCAGAAUCACCACGAUAUCUCGUCAGCAAGGGCAAGUUCGAGCAAGCAAGGAAGGGACUUGUCUGGCUCCGACCAACUGGCAGCAACAUCGAGGCUGAGAUCCUCUCGAUCGAAGAAGCAGCCCGUCUGGACAAAGAAAUGAGCGAGUCGACUGGCUGGCUCGACCUGGUUCGCCGACCUCUCGACCGCAAGCGCACCAUGCUUGCCGUCGGAGCAGUCACUACUCAAGCUGCUUCCGGUGCCUUCUUCAUGAUCGCGUACGGCACAUAUUUCUUUGAGAUGGCUGGUGUGGGCAAUGCUUUCGAGAACUCGUGCAUCCUCAGCGGUGUCGGUGUUGCCGCCAUCUUGUUCUGUGUGGCAAUUAUGCCAAGAUUUGGACGUCGUCGCCGUUUCUUGACCACCAGUUUGAUCAUCUGCGGCAUUACACAAUUGAUUGUGGCUGUUGUCUACACGAAGCGGGACAAGAACAACCCAGAGAUGACCGGCAAACUUAUCGUGGCUUUUUCGAUCAUCUACAUUGUGGCUUACAACGGAGGCAUGUCCAGCUUUGCCUGGGUCGUGGGUGGCGAGCUUCCACGCCAGAGUCUCCGAUCCUACACCUUCGGUGCCGCUGCUGGUGUCGGCUUCUUGGGUGCCUGGCUUGCGGCGUUCACGGCGCCUUACUUUAUCAACCCUGCCAGUCUCAAUUGGGGCCCACAGUACGGUUACAUCUGGUUCCCUAGCUGUCUUCUGGCGGCUGCCUUCGUCUUCUUCUUCAUUCCUGAAACCAAGGACCGCACACUCGAGGAGAUCAACGAGCUCUUCGAGGCAGGUGUCCCCGCGAGGAAGUGGGCCGGCUAUCGCACUUCGACCCCAAGCAGCAGCAUCCAGGAGAAGCCGCUUCCUGCAACUGCAAACACAAUCGAGGGCGGCGCUAUCGGCAAGCCGAUCGCCGAUGCCUCUGUUGAGAUGGUCGAGGAUGUUGUACAUCACGAUCAUCACCAUGGCGGCAGGAGGAGCCUGGAGCAGGUGUGA